GGAACUACCACACGGUUGAAAUAACAUGUAAACAUGGCAGACGAAGUUUGCACAAUGCAAUGAGAAAGAACAACUAAGCCAACGUUUCGCCUUUUACAUGAGAUGAAAACUGCUAGUCAGCUCCUAAGGGAGGCUGAGGGUCUGAAGAGUCGUCUGAAUAAUUGUAUCCCACUCGUGGGUAACAAUGAGGCUUGGGCUGUCCAACACCAACUUCAGGUGGUGUGUGGGCAGCUUUUGGUCCACUGGAUUGAGGCGGCCCUGGACCAUGGGGUGGAGCGCGACCUGUGGAACCUGGGCUUUAGGAACACCAUAACACAACUUCAAGCACAGGCAAAAGAUAAACAGGGAGGUUCAAGUGAAGCUCGUGAUAUGCUUGGUUGGUUCCUGAACUCAGCCAGCGGCUUCUACUUGCAACUCUUCAAUCAAAUAUGCUCAGAAUAUGGCCUUGACUUGCCAUUUAGAAGGAAAGACAGCAUAUAUGGUGCUGUAGAUCUCAAUGGGUCAACCCAGGGGAAGUCCAAAGUGAGCAGUCUAAAAAAUGCCCUCUACUUGUGCCAGUACUGUCUCGUGCACCUUGGUGACUUAGCCAGGUACCGCCAUCAAGCCAAGCAAGCCGAGACUUACUACAGACAUGCUGUCAUGGUGGCGCCCACCAGUGGUCAUCCAUACAAUCAGCUUGCCCUUUUGGAAGCUGGACGAGGGAACCGUCUGGCAGCAGUGGCACUAUAUGUCCGGGCAAUGUGCGUGCCUUGUCCCUUUCCUGGUGCUCCUGCUAACCUAACACAGACACUGUCCAAGUUGCUGGCCACCAGCAGUAGCCGCGAACUGAGUGGGUCGACACGAGUCACCGGAGAAGAAUACACCAAUCUUUUUCUUCAGUGCCAUGCCCAGCUAUACCUCCAUGGAGAUGCUGCCAGUGCCCGAGAGGCUCUCCCAACUCUGUGUUCUGCUCUGUCCACUCUGGUUGCCACAAAUGCCUUCACCAGAACUAGUCUCAUACAGAUGGUACUGGUGAAUCUGUUUGCCCUAAACUACUUUUCUGGAGCUGUUAAGGUUAAGACAAAUGAAGAGACUGGUGGGAGGAAGGAUGAAGAGAAGCUGGAGAAGCCAAGGGAUGUUAAAGAGUGUGAUGGCUGUCUACCAGUGGUGGAGGAGCUGACUGUGGGAGUGCUGGCAGCUCUUUUACUGCCUGUUCAUACCAUCCGUGACCCAGACCAACUUAUGACAUAUCCUGCCCUCCCUGCUGUGCGGCUGUUGUUCGAGUGGGUUCACUGUGAGAAGGGUAUGUUCAUGUCAGAAGCUAUGAAGAAUAAGCAGCAGAUUUGGCCUGGACUCUGCACAUUAGUCAACAACUUGCAGCAGCCUUUGGAAUCUUUUGAUGCUACAAAAUAUUCGGAGGUGCCAUUAGUGGAAGAUUGGGACCUACAAGGCUUUGAACCACUCCAAAAAAUGUUGAGCAAAUACAAGUACCGUGAAGGCCUAUCCAAGCCAAGUCCAGAGGAAUACAACUGUAUCCGAGCCUCCCGACUGACUGAUAUUGCCAAAUGGUUUGUUGGACAAGAUAUUGAUGGAAAUUCUGUCAUCAAAAUUUGUGAAGGGAGUAAAGACUCGCCAGGAGGGUUAAUGUUUGAGCCAAUGAAACACCUGAGCCCACCUGUGGAUGAAGUUCGUGCCCUUGAGCAGCUCUCCCUUCAGCCCAAACCUGAGGAAAAAUUAUCUGGGAAGCGGGGUAAAGUUGGUAUUCUGAAGCCACAGGGAUCCUUGGAACGAGCAAGGGAAACACGUGAACAACAGCAAGACCAACCUGAGCACCCAGAGAAGUCCCUGAGAAUCACUGGAGAUGGUGAAGAUAUGAGAGAAUCAGGUGUUGGUGGUAUUGGUAUGGGCAUCAAGGUGGUAUCUGGUUCUGGUCAGUUACAAAGUUCACCCUCAUGCCAGCCCUCACAGCAACAACAACAACAGCAGCAGCAGCAGCAGCAGCAACAACAACAACAGCAGCAGCAGCAGCAACAACAACAGCAGCACCAGAGCCAAGGACAAGGCCAGCCUCGUCCCCCACGCUCUCGCACCAAUGUGGCGCUGCAAGCAAUUAUGAAGAGGAACUCGGCCAUGCAAGAAGCCAAACAGGUAACUUUUAAGACUCCCUCCCCAGCCAUCUCUCCAAAUCCAUCUGAAGCUUCCAGUGACAGUCAUCGUAGCCAACUUUCCACCCCACCACUGAUGCCUCCCAGUUCUCAGCGAGAUCCCAUGUCAAGUUCCCCCAUGCCUCAUCAUCUUGGACAAAUGUAUCAGAUUAACACACCACCUCAGGGACAAGGAACUUCAUUUGUACGACAGAACCAACCCACUGAAAAUAAUUUUUCAAAUCAACAACACCAGCAAUUUGGAGGACAACCUCCUUGGGGAGGAGUAAGUGGAAUGAGUGGAAAUGUCCCUUCCCAGCAUGGCAUCGGUCGACCUCUACAUCAACAAAACCAACCCAUGAACUCUGGACCAAACUUCAAUAUGCAAAGAAAUGGCAGUGGGCCAUCUCCACAAAAUGUUCUACAGCAACAGAUGCCAACAUCCACACCCAGUCAUUCUGACAUACUAACAGCAGGUGUGUUUAACAGACCACCUCUAGAGGGCUUCCAUCAACUUAGUGGACCUGUUCCACCGAGGCCAGGAGUAGAUAUAUCAAAUAGAAUGCGAGAGCCAGCACCCAGAAUGCUGGAAAUGAUGGGGAUGACACGUGCGCCUCCUUCCUUUGGACCAGUGGAGGGAUUGGGAAACCCAUGUAGGAUGCGCCCUCCAGGCACGGAAGGCCAAGGGUUAGAGAAUUCUCCUCGCAUGACUCAGGCACCAUUUAGACCACAUCAGGAAAUGGAUCCAGUCACUUCUCAAGCCAAGAUGAAUCAUAUAACCCAUCCAUUACUCUCACCUGGAGCUAUGAAUGCACAUCUUUAUGGUAUGGAUGGCAGGCAGAAUGUCAGUGGAUCUAGUGGUCCUGGAGUGUCAGGUCCCAGGAAUAUGUUUGGUGAAAGUGACAUGGGACCACCACGGGGCCCAGGACUAUCACCACCCAUGGGGAUGGGCUGGGGUCCAGGGCACAAUGAAGGCAAAAGCUAUAUGAAUCAUCCUCCUCCUACUUUGGCAAAUCUUUUGCAGCAACAUGCCCCAGUUGAUAUAAGGCUCAACCUACCUAUGGAUCACAGUUCAGAUCAGCUCAAUCCUGGGUUAGCCAGGCUACCUGGUGGUCCCUCAGUACACAACCCUGCCAUGAACACUCGCAGCCCUCCUGGUGUAGGCCCACUUGGUGCAGUUCCCCUCGGUAUACUCUCCAUGCCUUCCACACAACCCCCAGGCUCCAUACCUCACAACCAACCACCCAGAGGACAGCAGUCAUUUAUGCAAGAGGGUGGUGAAGGUGAUGGACCUUCAGGCAACACAUAUUCACUCUUCAGUCCCAUGAGUGGAGGCAGCAUGGGUAUGGGAGCUGGUCCCAGUCGCACAGUCCCUCAUCCCCUUUACCCAAGCAAUUCACAGCCAAGUGGACAACAGUCGCUGUGGUCUGGUCCUGGCCCAUCUCCACUGGAGCGUCUCCUAGAGCAGAAGAAGUACAGCAAUGUUCCUAAGUGAGGUAGGGAUGAAUCGUCCGGAUGGAAUUAAACGUAACAGAUACCACUUUGCGACCCCACCACGGGUGCACGGCAGAGCAGAAUCACCACCGUUUAUACGGUCGGCGAUGAGUCGAGUGGCACGGUACAGCUGAGCUUCCAAUAUUGCAUAUAGCAUAGCUCGCAGUGCCCUCAGGUUUACUCACUGCUGGACAGGACUGGGGCAAGCAGUCGUAGAACAAUGUCAUAGUCUGGGUGACUGGGGCAUGUAUACGUAGAGCUCUGUAUUUAUAACUGUGAGGAGAUUGGCAAGGAAAAUCCCUUGAUGGCAGUUUACUGAAGCUC